GUGAAAAUGUCUGUACGUUAUAAUAGUGUUUUGCCCUUUAGUUUUGUGGUUAUUUCCAUGCUUACCUGUAACAAAAUGCUGUCACCUGGUAAUUAGAGGUAUAGAAUGGUUUGAGCUGGGUGGGACCCUUAGGGGCUAUCUAAUCCAACUCCUCCGCAGUGAGGAGGGACGCCAGCAUCCACAUCAGUAUGCUCACAGGACAGGAAGAAAGGGAUACAGGACCAAGGGGGAAAAAAAGUGCUAAAACUUUUAAGUUGCAGUGGCUUUUCCCACUGUGAUGGCAGCAGGACCUCUGACAGGGGUCUGGGUUAUCACCACUUUGUACUUGCCUGUCAGACCUUGAGACAGGACUGAGCACAGAUCCACAGCGCUGCCUCACUAUUCCCUGGAAACAAACCAUCUUUGCCUUCAGAAAUUGAUUUUAAUUCAGCCAGGUGCCUUGCGCUGCUUCAUCCCAGUCUCCAGGACAACUUGUCUCUUUAAAAACAAAAUUAAUUUCUCUGCAGAAAGAAUAAGUGUUCCUGGAAUGUGAUUUGCACAAGAACAUUAGAAAUUUGUGAGUGUUCUGAAGGACCAGCUUAUAAUCUGUGAGGUCACACAGUUCCCCAUUCCUUGAAGAGCUGUCCCAGCACCAGGCUGGCUCCUGUGUCUCUCCUGACAUCUCAGUCACACAUGCUGUGAUGAAUUAUCAACUGAGUGUGUUUUCUGUGGAGUCUUCUUGAACUGUGACUUUCACUUCAAGUGCCUUGACCAGCAGUGCAGUAUUUGCUCCAUGAGGACAAACAAGAAGUAAGCAUGAAGCCCCUGCACUAACCCUUCUCAUUGCAGCUGAAGAGCAGUGGCACAUCACAGCUGAACAAAGGCACCUCGACCUAUGGAAAGGCUGGAAAUCUGAGUUCAAUGUAAAACACCAAUUUUGAAGAAAAACAGAAUGAAGAUACUACUUCUCAGCUAUUCACCAGAGCAGUACUAAUACUCCCCAUGAGCUGAUGCUUUUUGCCCAGACAGUGGAUUACUCUCAACUCCAUGACAAGUGCAGCAGAGUUGGCAUCACUUCAUUUGUGCAGUUUCACUCAGACCAGUGUGUCUUUCAAGCACCAUAACUAAGCUAGGAAGGUGUAAGUGAAAGACAAGUGCCAUGAAUCAGACCGUGGAGCUGCCAACAGAAGAGAACUCCCUAAUCAGAGCUGUCUACCACAGUCGACUGCGCCUCACCAGGCUGUUGUUGGAAGGUGGUGCCUACAUCAAUGAAAGUAACAACAGAGGUGAGACCCCCUUAAUGAUUGCGUGUAGGACAAAACAUGUGGACUCCCAGAGUGUCAGCAAGGCAAAGAUGGUUAAAUAUCUAUUGGAAAACAAGGCAGAUCCAAACAUCCAGGACAAAUCUGGGAAGACAGCCUUGAUGCAUGCUUGUCUAGAAAAAGCGGGGCCUGAGGUGGUUUCUCUGCUUCUGAAAAGUGGAGCUGACCCAAGCCUACAAGAUCACUCUGAGUGCUCUGCGCUGGUGUAUGCGAUAAACUCAGAAGACAAAGAAACUCUGAAAGUUCUUCUCAAUGCUUGUAGAGCGAGGGGAAAGGAGGUAAUCAUAAUCACAACAGACAAGUCUCCAUCAGGAAGGCAGACAACAAAGCAGUACUUAAACAUGCCUCCUGCAGACCUUGAGGAAUGCCAUGCUCCAGAUUCCUGCACGUCCCCAUCUGAAAUAGAACUGAAAUCAUCACCCCCACUUUCAGGCUCAAAUGGAAAUAAAAGGGCACUCUUCAGCUUUAAGGAUCUGGAUCAUCCCAGAAGCACAGAUCAUUCUCAGCUGAGAAAUUCCAGUUCAUCAGACACAGGAUCCAGGCUGGCACAUUUGCAGCAACUGCAGUCUGAGCCUUGGGUAAAGAGCUCUCCUUCAUUGCUUCACCAGAGUAAGGUUUCCUCUUUACAUGCAGAGCUUCACAAUACAACUCCAGAAGAAGAGCUCUCUUCUAAAGCCUUUGCCUUUUCAAAGAGGUUUGUUACCAGACACCAAAGUAUUGACAUAAAAGACAAUGCUUAUUUACUGAAAACUGCUGAUCAAAAUGGAUCAAAGAAGUUACACGAGGAGAUGAACUCUCAGACUUGUUAUAGCGAAGAGGAGCAUUUUCCCAGUAGUUUCCCUGGGGGUGAGGAUGAGAAUUCUAGUUUGGGACAAAUCAGCUUCAUUUCAAAUCUAAGCACUAUUAUCAAAAAAAGAAACUUAGGAGCAAAUCAUUACAGCUCUGAUUCUCAGUUAAUUACUACUCUACAUCCCAUUGCUGCAGAAGACAGUAAGUCAGUGAUAGGAAAGAAGAAGAUUGUUUCUCCAUCUCACGCUUUGUUUCCAAGUUCUAGAGACUUACUGGAGAAAAUACCUUCUGUUCCCAUGAGCAGAAGAAAUGAGACUUUUCUAGAAAGACGGGGUUCGGGAGCCUUACUGUUGGAUAACGUUGCUCAGUCAAGACCAGGUUUUCUUCCACCACUGAAUGUGAAUCUGCAGCCCCCGAUUCCAGCUAUUAACUUCUUACAUAAGGUUUCUGGGGUGGUUUCUUACGGGCAAAAACACUUAAUACCAGCAGCACCUGCUUCCCUUAGCGAGACCAAAAGCACAAAAAUGCUACUAAGGAGGCAGUCACUGCAGACGGAGCAGAUGAGGCAAUUAGUGAAUUUCUGACAAGAGACUGAAGGGUUAUAAAAUGUUUACAAUGUGUACAGACUUGAUGCUCUACCAAACUGUAAUGAUUCGCUUUUGAAAAGACGGCAGGUCUGUGAUGUAGGGCUCUCAGCCUCAGAUUGAAUUAAAUAGCUUAGGUACUACAUCAAAAGAUAGACUUAACUGUCUAAUUAAUUAAUUACAUGAUGCCACUUUCGACAGGCUGAGGAAUAUUUAUGAUAUAAUCCUCAUAAUUUCAGCUUUAGCACUGAAGCCUUACCCACAUCACGCAUAAUCUAUGAAGGAUUUAGGUGCUGUAGUUCUCAUUUCUAGGUCGCAAGCUUUCCCCAAACACUACCUUGUUUGAGAAACAGAAAAGUUGUAAAAAUGGGAUUUGGGAACUUGGAAGAUUGAACUGUGAUGCUGGACAGUAGAAUUCUCUGAUAUCCAGACACUCCAGACAUGAGCCUGUGCUUGAAGAGCUGCGCAGUGGUGGGUGCCAGCAGGCAACAUCCUCUGGCUUCAGUGGUUUUACUGCAUGUAAACAGACAAUACACAGACUGCAGAUGAAAACAGAUGUUACACAGCUAUGCUGUAUGUAUAGCUUCACUUGGGAAAUUCCAGAUGAAGACUGGGAAUCUGCUCAAUGUGCCCACUGGGAGUCGGCAUGGUACACAGACCCCAGAGUGCUGCAGCUGGGCAUGCAGCAUGUCACAGCAGUCCAGCAUUGAGCCAUGAGGCCAGCAGAAUGCCUGAGUCGUGCUGUCACUUGUUAACAUGAAAUGACCAAACUCUGCUUUGCACAGGUAACCACAUCCAUCAACUUGGGCUUCUCAGGCUGCCUGCUGGAGUUUGCUGAUCAAAACAAGGAUGGGUGGGGGAUGUAAGAGCUCUGUCAGAAUGGGGCUCUGUUACUUUCUGCAGCUUCAGCCUCUCAAACACCAGGAGGUCUCCAGAACACAUGGGAUCUUGUGCUUCCCAUACCUGUGUUUCUUCUCCAGACAAGAUACAGGUGGUGGAAGAUAUUGCACACCCUUCCUUGCCUGUGAGCAAGCAUGAGCUCUGUCCUGCUCUCAGAUACACACACAAUUAAAAUAAAAUAAAAAUCCAACAAUGGGGAUAUUCAUUUGUGAGCUGGAAGACCUGGGGAUAUUCAUUUGUGAGCUGGAAGACCUCAUCUUGCCUAAUUUGAAGCAAAGGCAUGAGUUUGUUACAGGUCACAGACAUGCUUUGCCUCUGAGGUAAAUCUAUAUUUUUAACUGUGUCUAUCAAAGAUGUAUUUUUCCUUCCUGUUCGGUAUUUUGUGGUUCCAAACAUCUAUCCUGUAUUCUGUAGGUGCUUGAUUUAUGCCAUCAAAUCUAACAUUUAAUAACUAACUUGUCUUCUAAAGAUUGAGAUGUAUUUAACAUGCUCUCUUUUGCCAAUAUUUACCAAAAACAAACCAACAAAGAAGCCAUCCGUACUGGUGUCUGUAUAACCUGACUCUCCGUAUACUGGAAUGAGGUGUGGGUGUUCUCUGCCUUCUUUUGGUUUCUGUCAAAAUUCGCUCUGCGCUGUUGCCUAAUGAGUAACUGUGAUGUUGCUUAGUCCUGCCCUUCCUAUAAGACAAUUCCAAGCAGAUGAUAAAUGUACAAUCAUCUCUGUAAAUACCUUUUCAUGUAAAGAAUACAAAAAAAGUUCAUAACACAUAUUUAUUGAAGAUGGAAAUGUUUGACACACAGAAAGGAAAUCAGCAUGGCUUACAUCCCUACUCAGCACCACUGUACAAAACGUGUAUCCAGAACUAAAGAUUUAAAUCUUAAAAUGACUUUUUGACACUCAAAGUCUUUCCAAACUCUGCAUUAUAGAGAACCUGUGAAAAUUCUGCUCUCUGUCCAAACUCCUACAGGUAACCAGAAUGAGGAAGGGAGCAAACCUGUCCUGCUAUAGCCAGAAGUAAUUCUUCCAUAAAAAGAAACAUAGGCCUUGAAAGUUGCAUUGCUCACAGCUCUGCUAACCCGGGAUGUGUAGCACCUUGGUGCAGCGGCCAGCACAGUAUGCUUACAACAUGUUUUUUUGUGCUCUAUAUGGAAACUGAACUCAAGUCUAUUCAUUUCAUGAUGAAUAUAAUAUUGGAAGUUAAAAAUGUCUUUAAUGCAAAUGCUUUGUGUUAUAAGAUGGAGGAAAAUGCCCAGUGUCUUGAGAGAUCUUUCUGCCAUGUUGCCAAUAUUUUGUGCCUAAUUUUGAUGCAGAAAUAAUGUGAAAAGUUAAUGUUUAUUGUUGCAUCAGUGUUAAAAGUGACCUUAAAAGGAAAAACAAUUCAGCUGUAUUUUCUUGCUGUUGUUACAACGCAUAAAUAAAAGUUGUUGUGUUUUUCCCUGCAGACAACAUGGAAAUAGACACAUCCUUUUAUUCACUGUUUAGGAGAUGCUGAAUCACUGCCAAAGGUACUCGCUGCUAAGAGUUCCUCAGGCUGUCUCUGUACUGGAAAACUGGAACAGUUAAUUAAAUUUAAUCAAAGAGAGCUGAAUUUGUACACAGUAAUGUGUGAGAGAGACUCUCUCAGUAGCUUAUUUUAGUUCCAUUCAAGUGAAGAUACAGCUCUGCUGUUUUUGAAACAUUAAUCCCAUCUGUUCUCGUUAUCCUUAGGCAAGGAGUGGAAAACAGACCUGAUUUAUAAUGUUAAAUUCCACCCCACAAGCACAGCACCGCUUGUUCACAAUGUUGUCCAUGUAACAGGAGCAAGGGUCGCUAACAUUGGUCACAUGAAUCAAACUAACUAUAAUCAUACUCUCCUAAGAGGACAAUUUUCUUUUCACUUUGGAAUUACAAUCCAUAUCUGUGGGGAGGAAUACUUCCCCCAGAAUAUUUCACAGCAUCUUUCUGCAAAGUGUUUUUUUUCUCAACAAAGUUCCAAGUUCUGCUGUUGCUGCAGUGCCUUCGCAGAGAUCAGUGCCAAUAUAAGUGCAUCUUGAGAAAACCUGGGUUUUCUCUGCAGAGUGUACUGGUACAAAAUGCCAAUUUUUAUGACUAAUAGCUCUGAUAAAUGUCCCAGCUAUUAAUACUUUCUAAGCCUUAUGCUCCUUCAGAGAAACUGACCUUGUUUAAAAAUAUACAUCCUGUAUUGCUCCUGUUGUUCAGAGAAGGGCACCUGUUAUCUAAGAUAGGUGUCUCCUUGGACAACGUUCUGAGGGGGAGCACAGGCAUCCUAUGAAUAUCCACACGACCCUGAGCACCUGCAUGAAGUCAAAACCACUGUUUCAAGCUUAACCACUGGGAUCUGUGGCUCCAUCCAGCACCACAAUGUAUUUCUAAUACUAAUGCAGAGGUUUUAUUCCACAUGGGAAAAUAAAACACGUGACUUUGUGUUCAGCUGGGGCCAGAUGCUAUUCAGAGAUUGCAUACAGCCCAAGUAAUUCCCAAGUGCCCGCUGAUGCACUGUGAUUAAUUCCGGGUUUGUUUGGUUUUUGGGGUUUUUUUCCCCUGAAGGGAUGAACUAUCAGUUGAGCACAAUCAUGCUGCCAGAUGCCACCAGUUGCAGCUUUCCUUCUCAACAAGCUGUUUUUAUGUUUCAACAGCAUCAGGAGUGACAGUCAGGCAGCUGAGGCAGUGGCUAUAGCAGAACACCAUGAAAGUAACUUCAUCCCACUGUAUUGCAAAGACGUGCUGAAACUCAACCACCAAAGCUCUGCAGGAAGGCAAAGAAGUGAAGUCUGACACUCCAGCUUGGGUUUUAUUAAGGAGACCUUACAUUUGUACAUUGGUCCAUACAAGGCUUGUGUAUAAAACUCUGGGCAAAACCAUCAUUGAAUGCAGCAAGCUAACACACAGAUACAAACAUCAUGGAGAUAUUGCAGCAACAACAGACAAACUAAAGCAGGAGAGGGUCCAUGAAGGAUCUAUCUACCACAGUUAUAGCAAGUUCAGAAGUAGUUAAUGCUUCUUCUACCUAUGUGGUAGCAAAGUGUGCAAGCACAGUUAACAGACACUGAUGCUAUAAAGAACAGAGAUUAAAUCUGUUCAGCUCUGAUCAAGUGGGCGCAAGCACCUGAACAACACCUGCCCCAUCAAACUUGACCCUUUGGUCAUUGCUGCUGUCCAUUGUAAGAAAUCAAGAUGGAAGAGAGGCAAACUAUUCUGAAGGUAAAAUAACGAAGCCUUUUCUUGCAGGUGACAAACAUGGUUACAAUGAGUUGUUUUUUGUUGGUUUUGUUUUGUUAUAUUGUUCAACUUCUGGCAGUUUCUGAAAUGGCGCUCUGAGUUACACAGGUGUACAACCUGCAGUGCGGGACGUAAAUCACAGAAGCGUGUGAUUUUUGCUGUAAGCAGUGAUUACUGUAAAAGUACGUAAUUCUUGGGGCCCCGAGCUUUUAAAGAGCCUGCAGCAGAACGUUUUACAUAGCUCGUGUCAAUACCAUGGAGUCUACGUUUAACACCUCAUAAUCAGAAUCUCCUACUGAUGAGGAGUGAGAAAAUUAUCCCUCAUGAUAGCACAUGAGGAUGAGCUACAAAAUAAUCCCUCUGAGGAACUGCAUAGUGCCAUACAUACUACAGUCUCAACUGCUGUCCUCCUGUAUGAAACGUGAAUGAUUUUCCUUGACAGACACUGAAUGGUUCUUGACUGGCUCACACAAAAGCUGUUGGUAGCAAAUUACCUCAGUCUACAACUAGCAACUAAGGCUGUUCCCCUUUUAUCUACCUGCAGGAAACAAGUGCUAAAUGCCACUGGGAGAAUGACAGAGAACAUGCAUGUGACAAGUAACAAUACUGACCUGUUAAAGAGGCACUGCGUUUCUGUUAGGGGAAUGUUUUAUGGCAAUUAUACAAGAACUACGUCAGUGACCAUGGCUGUGUUCUGUACACUCCAUUUGGGAAGGAAAAAACACUUCCCUUUCUCAUUCAAAGAAACCAAGUAUUAUAAAUGAGGUCAUACCUUGUGGGCUUCAUAUUUAACAUCCUAUUCCUAUAGCUUUCUUAAACUCAGAAUUCUGUGGUUCUGAGAUGUCAUAAUAAACCCUACUUUUAUCAAAGUUUUCACGGAUGAAAAGCAAGUCGUCUACGGAAUACACAUCCUGUUUGCCUGUCCAAACAGUGAGGCUGUACCUAUUAAAAAAGAGUGAAAAAUAUUAAUUUAAUGGAUAUUAAACAGAGAAAAAAAAAACCCAACCAAAACAUCGCACUAUUAGGCUUCUAAAA